CCGCGGUUUCACUCAACGUAGUGAACCCAGAGCUGAUCGGUUGAACGUGUGAGCUCUGCUUAAUUCCGGCGCGACAUUUUGCGUAAUAUGUGGCGAAAAAUUGUGCUUGUUUUUGUGAACUACCACUUUAUAUCUUAAAGCGAAGGAUUACUCGUUAUCUAUGGGGAUUCACCGGUCUUUAAAGGUUAUGGUAUCAGGCUAUAGUGUCGUGGUAUUCAUCUCUCUGUUCGCCUGUACGGUUGCCGCCAUCUGUGAACAAGGAAAAACUUUCCACCACACCGACCUCCAGCAAUGCGUGAACUGCACCGUGUGCAAAAGAGGUGAAGUCGUGAUACGUCCAUGUGAAAUCCAUCGGGAUACCCAUUGCGGAGUCCUGAAUCUCAACGAUAUACUCAAGUUCGUCACUCCUGAACCUUCGGUGACGCAAAACCCCCUCAGGCAUCAUAAGCACAAGAACCACCAUCACAAGGAACGUAAUGAGCAGCCAAACCGGAAAUGUCCGUUUGGAGACGAUAGAACGGAAGAAGAAUCAACCAUGGAGCCGGAGAAGGUAGCUCCUCUGGUGUCUAGCACGGAGGUACCGUUUUCUAGUGCAGAAACCAUCAUAUGGGACUGGCAAGCUGUUGCAUUGUCAACGGCAGUUUUCACGUGCAUACUGUUUUUUCUUGUGAUUACCCUCUAUUCUUUGCACCAAGCGAAGCAAUGGAGGAGGUUGAAGGAAACUUUUGAAGCUGACGUUGAAGAAUUAUCAGCCAGCUUGAUGGCAGCAGCAGGAGCCCAAGCAAAAAACAGUGACGUCGAAAUGGGUGAGGACCAUCUGUCUCAAUCGACAAAGUCGAAGAUCAGUUCAGAUGGAAACUACCUCAACAGAUGUGUAUAUCUGGAACAACUGCUUAACGUGCGGAAGGACAACAAAAAUCGAGAUUCCAGAGUAGGUGGAAACGUCUACAUAGCCCCUAAGAUAUCACUGAACGCCAAACCAUAAUACCGGAAAUCAACUUGAGAGACACAGAAGCUAAAGGAACUAGAGCCCCCUUAAAGAUGACAGAUAUUGGAUCAAGGUGGCAUUUCUAGAUAAUUCGUGUGAUGAAUGGAAAAAAAAAGGCUUUGUAGUUUUUGGGCGGUGAUCUUUUUCAUUUCUCGAAAAUAUACAUAUGAAAAAUGGACAUCUAACAAUAGAACUUCAUAGAGAGAUUAAUUCUAUGAAUUAAGAGAUUUCGUAGAUGAUAGCAAACUUCAAAGAACUUUGAAGUACCUACAUAUCCUGUUUGUCCCUUAUGGUAAUAAUAAGAGUAUUGUAAUUGAAUUUAAUAACUAUAUCUUGCACAUUUCUUAGAAUUAAAACAUAUCAAUAUAUUAUCGGCGUUGUGAAAUACAAUUUGAAUUAAAUAAUCAGUAUUUUAUAAACUGUACAAUGCUGUACAUAUAAAUCCAGAAAAUUUUCAUAUUAUUGAAAAACAAUUCAAACUGCAUUACGAGAUCUCAAACGUACUCUGGAAAUAUUUUCUAAAUAUUCGUCUAGCCUAGCAAUUGGAGCUUAUGUUAAUAUAUUUCCAAGUUUUCUUCCAAUUCUCUACUCAGUACCUUUAUACAGUAGGUAAUAAUCAAAAGUUAAAUACAUAGGUAUUCAUGAAAUAAAAAAAAAAAUUAUUGGAAAUGAUAAAAGCAUUUUAUAUUUGACAAUUUAUUGAAUUAAAAUUCGAGUCUUUCCAUUUUCGUCCUAUUUUUCAUCAAUAUCAAUUAAUGAAAUUGAUACGAAUCUAUGAAUUCCAUAAUUUUUUCGCUAGAAUGUAUUAAGUAGAAUGAUAUCCAUAAUAGAUGCAAUAGAAGAAGGAAUAUUCCAAAAAAAACAUAGGUUACUAUUCUAGUAUUCUCCAUAGCAUUAGCUGUAGUUUUCCACAAUUGUAAUUCAAUUGUGGUGUAUUAUGUAUGAUUUCAGAUGAAAUAUUAUUUAUUUUGUAUAUUUUCAAAGGUUGUAUGUAUAGAUUUUUAUUCAUAGAAAACUGUAAAUAAUAUUUAUUCAAAGAAUUAUUUGAAAUUUUAUCUUGUACAAAUUUAUUUAAUUAUAUGUAUUGUUAGAUUUAUAAUAAUGUGGAAAGUGCUAUCUGAAAAUUAACAGGAGUCAAAAUUCAGUGAAAACAUAGUUUAUGAUUCCAGAUUUUUAGGAAGCACCUUCCUCGAUUCAAUAUUAUUUAUUUUAAUUAGGUAGAUCUAAAUUUAGAGACCUGUCUGGCAGCCAACUCAAUGUGUAUAUAUACUGAAUAAAAAAUAAGAAAACAUAA